CCGUUCCGUCGCGAACGCUUGACUGGCUGGUUGCAUCCCACCCCGCGCCUCCCCGGCGACAAGGCGACAAGGCCAACCUGCGACUGCGAGCCAGCCAUCUCGUACUGCCACGCCACUCCCUCUCUUGCCUGCGAGCCCUCGCUACCCCGCGGCGGCGUGGCCAAUGGUGACGCGAGGCCGGGGACGCAGGUAGCUUCUAGUCCAGCGGCGGCGGGGGCGGCGGUGGCUCGUGGCGGCAUCGCCGUGCGGGCGGCGUGCGCGAGGUGGGCGGGAGGGGAUGGGGAGCAGCGGCGAAGCGGUGGUGGAGUGGGAGUGGGGGAAGGCUGGAGAGGGAGGCCGCGAUCGGUGGCGGGCGGAGUCGGCGGGCGCUUCGUCGUCCUUCGCGGAAGGGAUGGGAGAGUUCGUGCUGAGGUCCAUGGACGCCAGGUUCUCCGGAUCGGCCGGCGCCGAUGGGUUCCCCUCCUCUCAGCAGCUAGGAUUUGGACAUAGUAAAUCCACAACUGCCGGUUCUGGUUAUUGUAAAGGGCAAGAGCAUGUUUUCGUAAGAUCGUACUCUGAUAGAUUGCUCAAGUGUGACCUCACGUUGGAUAUGCUAUCAGAAAAUGAGAAGAUAAAGAUAAUUGAGAAUCUGGUGAAGAUCCAGAAUGAUGGUACACUGGAGGUAGACGUGAAACGUAGUGCUCUUAUUGCAUCCGAACUUUCAGAGAUUGAUGCAUUCGGUUCUCUUACUCGUGAUACUGUGGAAGCUACAUCUGGAUUGAGCAAGUCAGUCCCAAAGUUGAAGAUUGCUAUUCUUGUAGUUGGAACACGAGGGGAUGUCCAGCCAUUUAUAGCAUUAGCUAAACGACUUCAGGAAUUUGGCCACUAUGUUAGAUUGGCAACCCAUGCCAAUUUUCGUACUUUUGUGAAGUCAGCUGGUAUUGAUUUUUACCCAUUGGGUGGUGAUCCUCGGAUAUUGGCUCAGUAUAUGACAAAAAACAAAGGAUUUUGCCUAGCCGGACCUACAGAAAUUUCUGUUCAAAGAAAGCAGCUUAAGGAAAUAAUUUUCUCUGUUCUACCUGCAUGCACAGAACCUGAUUUGGACACUGGAUUACCUUUUAGAGCACAGGCAAUAAUUGCAAAUCCUCCUGCUUUAGGACAUCUCCAUAUUGCAGAGGCACUUGGGGUACCCCUGCACAUCUUCUUCACUUUUCCAUGGACGCCAACUAAUGAGUUCCCUCAUCCAUUGGCACGAAUUCCUCAAAGCGCAACCUACAGGCUAUCCUAUCUUAUUUUGGAUUUAGUAAUUUGGUGGGGCACCAGGGGAUUCAUAAAUGAGUUCAGAAAGAAGUUAAAUUUGGCCCCUAUUGCCUAUUUCAGCACAUAUCAUGGAUCCAUAUCACACUUACCUACUGGAUACAUGUGGAGCCCUCAUCUUAUGCCGAAGCCAAAUGAUUGGGGUCCUCUUGUGGAUGUUGUGGGAUAUUGCUUCUUAAAUCUUGGAACAAAGUAUCAACCACCGCAAGAGCUUUCUCAGUGGCUUCAACAGGGACCCAAACCAAUAUAUAUUGGUUUUGGUAGCAUGCCUCUUGGUGAUGAAAAAAGGGUUACUUCUCUCAUUUUGGAUGCACUAAGAGAAACAGGACAGAGAGGAAUCAUUAGUCGUGGUUGGGGAGACCUUGGAAGUUUUUCAGAAGUUCCAAUCGAUGUCUUCAUUUUGGAGGAUUGCCCUCAUGAUUGGCUCUUUCCUCGCUGUGCUGCAGUGGUACAUCAUGGUGGAGCAGGUACCACAGCUGCAGGUCUUGUAGCUGGGUGCCCAACUACCGUAGUGCCCUUUUUUGGAGAUCAAUUCUUCUGGGGUGAGAGAAUUCAUGCACAAGGUGUCGGUCCUGCACCUAUUCCUAUAGCAGAUCUUACUGCUGAGGCACUUUCAAAUGCUAUAAGAUUCAUGCUUGAUCCUGAGGUAAAAUCACGAACAAUGGAAUUGGCAAUAGCGAUCGGGAAUGAAGAUGGCGUGGCAGCUGCUGUAGACUCAUUUCAUAGACAUCUCCCUGCCGAACUUCCGCUUGCCCCACCACCAUCCGCAGAUGUGAAGGAAGAACAGAUAGACUUUUUUCAAUGGUUUUCACAAGCCCUCGAGAAGUGUUGUUUCCCAUUCAAUCCUUAGCUGUUCAUAGCUUAGAUAGAGAGGUUUAAUUUAUUUAUUGUUCAUUACUUUAUUUAUUUGUUUGGUUAAAUUAGAAAAUAAUGUCUUGUAAAAGACUGCUGUAGCGAAAUAAAGACUAUCUAAUACUGUCUCAAUGAAACUGAGCAUAUGAACUUUUUUUCAUGGGGUCGAAUGUAAAC